UGUUGCAUAUUUCUAAAAUUUAAUAACUGAUUUUGUAAAUUAUAGUAAUCACACUGAUAUCAUAUUGAUCACAACAAUGCCAAAUAAUGAUCCAAUGUAUAGUGCCUUACAAAUCAAUAUUCCACCAGAAUUGCCUGAAAUACUAAAACAGUUUACAAAAGCUGCUAUUCGUACCCAACCUAAAGAUCUUUUACAGUGGUCUGCAGCAUAUUUUCUUGCACUUUCUAAAGGUGAAAGACCUCCUGUUAAAGAACGACUUGAUUUUCAGCUGGGUCAAGUUAGUGAAAAAACACUUACCAAAGAAGCAAUUAUUGUUCUACAUAGGCAGUUAGGACAUAAACCUAUAGUUGAACUUUCAAAGGUUGAAGAAAAAUGGAAUGCACUUUGUUUAUCGGAUGAAGAUCUGAAAAAUAUUUUGCGAGUGGGUAGUUUUGCAGAGGAGUUUGAAUGGUUGAAAUUUCUUGCGUUAUCAUGUAGUCAUGUAUCUAAAUCAAUUACAGAGGCAUUAACGUUAAUUUGUGAAGUCAUUACAAAGGAUCUGGAGGGUGGGAGAGCAAGAAUAGAGUUUGAAACUUUCAAAUAUCUUUAUAAAUAUCUUGCAGUUAUUGAUGGAGACAUACCACUAUCACAUGUGACUAAGGUCUUAGAACACCUUGAUUUUGAUGUCAAGCAGCAAAGUGGUAUGAUUGCUCCUCGUAAUUUUACCAGUAGUUCUUGUCCUCUCUUAUACACAGAGAAACCUUAAAUUUCAGAAUUUUUUUAAGCAUUUGAGGUAUAUUUAAUUUUCAGGAUUAUAUAGCGAUUAUGUUGUUAAAUCAAAAAUUACUUUUUUGAUAA